UUUUAACAUUUAGCCAGUCAGCUUUCGUCCGUCACCUGUGUAGGUUGUACGGUUGCGCGCACGCAUCGCGAUUCGCUAAUUUGAAUUUUAUCACGUUAAACCGGACUUCGCGUCCGAUAUUCUUCUCGUCUCGUGUUCCGUUAGUGUGACUUAGUGCUUGUGACAUUGGAAACGAAACUUGUAUUGAUCUGUGACCUGUGUUUUUUUUGUUUGUUUGCGCCGGAUUUCUCACGAUAACCAGGUCUCUCAGUGGUUCAUCAGUGGGCAGAUCAUUACAUAAGCUUACCGUGGAAACGUACAAAUAAACAACAAGAAAUACAGGCCAGCCGUGCGGAUUAUAGACCCACAUUCGCACCGGAACUAUUAUGCCUUAUACAUCGAGUAUCUAAUCCGACGCACCUGACUCGAAUAAACAGCGGAACCCGUUACUAAUUAUGCCGAUUCAUUAAACAAUCAUGAUGGAGGAGGUAACAUCCAGGCCGAAUGUCGAAUACAUCCCCCCUUUGCCGCCAAAAGCAAUGCAGAGGACUGGCUCGACUACUUUUACACAAAUUACUGCCGAUGAUGCUAAGCUCAGAGUGAACGGAUUCACUGAUAGCCGUGCCGACAUGGACUCUCUAAGUUCGAUGCACUCGCUUGUCCUUAAUACAAAAGCUCCAUCUGCAACGGUAUUCGUUGCGGCGACCCAGUCAAACGGACCCGCGAGCACGCCUAGCUCAGACGCACUCAUUGCAAACGGCCCACACGUAGUCACUAUCAGAAUCAACACUGACGCAGACAAACCCAAAGCGCCCAAGAUAUCCAGCGUGCACCUGAAAAGCGAUGUCGACUUCGACACGUUCAAGAUCAACGAUACGAACAAGAAAAACAACAGCUUAGUCCUGCUCAACGUAGAGGAAAAUAGACCGAAAAUACUAGACAGCGAAGAGCUAAUCAAGGUUGACAAAGCACCGUACAUUAACUGUAAUCCGUACGUGAAUCCGAUGACCAACAUGAUAAUGUCUAGCGGGCAGUGCUCGCCGAGCGACACGUUGGAUUCGGGUACAUGCAGUGACCUUGACGGCACGCCGCCGCCGCUACCAAAAAAGAAGUCUUUCAAAUCGAGUUCUUCCAAGAAAUCCGUAUCCGUCACAGUCAUUAGCUCAACAAGAAAUCAGGGUGAAUUAGAUUUUGAAGAUAACGACUCUAACAUAUCGUGCGACUCGCUUAACAGCAGCGAGUUAAAUGGGAGCGUGCAUGCCGAGGAAAGUCACAUCGACGAGUCGAGCAAAAAGAAACAAUCGCCCGAGCCUUCCAUGCAAACGUUCGCUAAAGUGAACAAUAAAGACAGCUUUCUACCGCAAGGUUUGCUUCAAGACAUUAGAGACCGCUCAGCGAAACUCGCAACAGUCGACAUUGAAAGUGAUCAAGAACGUCAACGGGACGAUAGCCAGAAUAUUGAUGAGGAUGCUAAUGUCCCGAAAGAAAGUGCACAGCUGACGUCGUUCCUAUUGGUUUCGCAGCUUAAUAACGAGUUGAAGAAAAACGGCGCCGACUCGUCCGCAACGAACCAAAACAAAGCGCCGCUUAUUAGCGAGACUACGUAUGAAGAAAGGAAAAAAAUAGAGAAAAUGAAAGAGGAACAAAUUUGCUACAGCAGUCAUUAUUUCGAUACGGACAAGUUUUACGAUUUCCACCUUAACGAGAAACAGUUCGAUGAUGUGUCUGUGAAUAGUGUUAGUGUUAAAAGUGAGUGUCCCGAUGUGUCGGACAUGGAGUAUUUUGCUGGUAUAAAGGACUUUAAAAACGAGGAGGCGCCAUCAACCAUAAAGAGUUCCAAAGGAACUAUCCGGGGUGUGAAAAACCGCGUGCGAGCUGGUAUUGCGACCUUCCUUCAAAUGCAGACCACCACGAAGAGUUACAAAGAAAAAGACCAGGGAAAAGUAGUCUUAUACACAACAACAAUGGGCAUCGUAAGGAGUACUUACCAGCGGUGUGUUCUCGUGAAGAAGAUCCUGAGGAACCUGCUCAUCAAGUUCGAGGAGCGGGAUGUGUUCAUGAGCAUGGAGUACCAGGACGAGAUCAGGGAUAGGAUGAGAAGCGAUCAAAUAUUGGUGCCACAGUUGUUCGUAGAUGGACACCAUAUUGGGGACGCAGACACAGUGGAGAAACUAAACGAGAGCGGUGAAUUGCGGAAAAUGCUGAAACCUUAUAAGAGUCCAGACGCAUGCAAUACCUGUCAAAUUUGCGGUGGAUUCCGCCUGUUACCGUGUCGUAUCUGCAAUGGCUCCAAAAAGAGUCUCCAUAGAAAUCACUUCACGGCUGAGUUUGUGGCCCUUAAGUGCAUGAAUUGUGAUGAAGUGGGUCUUGUAAAGUGCGAGGCAUGUUCUUGAAAUAAUAAUGUGGAAUAAGUUAAGGCCUGGAGUUCUCUUAGACUUUCUAUCGUUUUUAGAGUAUUAAAUUUUGUUGGAUAUUUGAAAAUUGUUCGAUAAAAUUUUGAAUUGAUUUUGUCUCACAUUCUUAUGAUAUUUGUGGGAUAAUAUUAUAAUCGAUGUCAAUAAAUGAAUUCUAAGUUCCGAGAUUUUUUGUAGUUUUUUAAGAAUGAAAUUAAAAAUACGCCUGUGUUAAAAUGAACUUUAUGUACCAGUACCGUGGGAUGAAACUACCUUAAAAAAAAGUUUAGUCCACUAAGAAAUUGAUAUAAUUGCAAUUUCAACUGCUGUGUUGUUCUGGUUUCGCAGAAUGAAUCUGAACCUAUCUCUUAAUCAAAAAAUCCUAAAAAUGGAAAAUGGCUGGAAAAUGUAUCCGAAUUUACUUUAAUUAAAUGGUUGUGCUAUUAAUGUUUAGUUUAAUCUACAAUCUUCAAUUUUCUCAUAUAUGAUGUAAAAAUCUAAUACUUCAUAAAUACUCGCUUAUUUUUCUCCAAAACAUUCUUUAUUUAAACUUUUUUACAAUGUCCUACAAGACUUAACAAUAAAAACAACUAUUUCUUAUAUCAUCCAUCAAUUUUCUGGAUUAUUUUAGGAAAUCGUUAUUCUUUAUACUAACGCCGAAAGAUCGCUUCCAAGAAAGAGCAUUGUUAAGAAACGAAUUGAAAUACCUACACGAAAUUAUUUAUUCGUGUACUUACAAAAUAAAAUUCUUCAAAAAUGUAACUCUAAAGUAUGAAACGUUAUAAAUAAUCAUGUAAUUUUAAGAAUUUGUAACCUACGAAAUGCGUAUAAGCGUUUCCAUAUUUAUUGUGGAAAUUAAAUGCCAUAAAAUAGUUGCAAUACAUUUUAUAUACAAAAGUUGAUAUUGUUUUUAUUUAGCAUUAAUAGGUUGUAUACAGAAAUGAUAUUAUAAUGGUGUUAAUUGCUUACGAUUAUGAUAAAAUUAGAUAGUAGCUAUCUAACUACUUGAUACAUAUAACAUUGCGAUUUAUUAGGACUAAUAACGAUCGUUCAACAGAUGGCGCUAUUACAAAUUUCAGUAGCGCCAUCUUGUGGUAAAAUCUUGUGAACAUUUUUCUAAUUAAAAAGUUAAAUUUUUCUUAACAAAUAUAAAUAGAGCCCGAUGGUUGGAAUUAAAUGUGAUAAUAUAAUUAUUAUUAUUAAAUAAAUGAUAAUGAUAAUUAGUAGUGGCAAGCAUUACAAUAUAGUUAUGUAUAAUUUUAAGCAAUCGAAUAUUGUGUAGUUCAUAUUUAUAUUAUGCGAGACUUUAUCGUAAAUUGGCAGUUUUAUCCUAGGUAUAAAUCGCUCUGCUCAAUUUAAUCCUUUUCUAAGAUAGUUAAGUUAUUAGAUUUUUAUUUUUAUACUAGAUUUUUCUAACAUUCCCCUUUUUGAUAGUCAUUUUAUAACUGUAUAAUUACAGCUAAUAACCACGCUAAGGUUUUUGCUAAAACUUACUACAAAAUUAGUCUAUUGUAAAUAUGUUAUUAGUCAAUAAAUUUUUGAACUUCUAA